UUCCAGAGUCUUCUCUCCCCUCCCAAUAACAACUCUGUCCACUGCUAAUUGGACCUCUCUCUCUCUCUCUCUCUCUCUCUCUCUCCUCUGCAAGUCAAGAAAAGCAAAGUCCUUCCUGUACUCUCUCUCUCUCUCUGUCUCUCUCCUCUGCAAAUCAAGAAAACCAUGUACCGCUUUGCAGCAAGCCUUGCCACUAAAGCUCGUCACAGGGUUGCCAGGAGCAGCUCCCAACAGAUUGGUAGUAGAUUGGAUUGGAGCAGAAACUAUGCGGCCAAAGACAUCAAGUUCGGGGUGGAGGCUCGGGCUUUAAUGCUAAAGGGAGUUGAAGAGCUUGCCGAUGCUGUUAAAGUAACCAUGGGCCCAAAGGGUCGGAAUGUGGUGAUUGAGCAAAGCUUUGGUGCUCCCAAAGUGACAAAAGAUGGUGUUACCGUAGCAAAGAGCAUUGAGUUCAAGGACAAGGGCAAGAAUGUUGGUGCAAGCCUUGUGAAACAGGUUGCUAAUGCUACAAAUGAUGAAGCUGGUGAUGGUACUACGUGUGCUACUAUCCUUACCAGAGCAAUAUUUGCCGAAGGUUGCAAAUCGGUUGCUGCUGGGAUGAAUGCAAUGGAUCUAAGACGGGGUAUCUAUAUGGCAGUCGAUACUGUAGUAGCAACCUUGAAGAGCAGGGCACGGAUGAUUAGCACUUCCGAAGAAAUAGCGCAGGUAGGGACAAUAUCUGCAAAUGGGGACAGAGAAAUAGGUGAGCUGAUAGCGAAGGCCAUGGAGAAAGUUGGCAAGGAGGGAGUCAUCACCAUUAGUGAGGGUAAGACAUUGUACAAUGAGCUGGAAGUUGUGGAGGGGAUGAAACUGGAUAGGGGCUACAUAUCCCCAUAUUUCAUCACCAAUCCGAAGAACCAGAAAUGUGAAUUAGAAGACCCUCUAAUUUUAAUCUAUGAGAAGAAAAUCUCGAGCAUAAAUGGUGUAGUGAGAGUACUUGAGUUGGCAUUGAAGAGACAAAGACCACUUUUGAUUGUUGCAGAAGACGUCGAAAGUGAGGCACUGGCAACUCUUAUUCUAAAUAAACUACGUGCUGGAAUCAAGGUUUGUGCCAUAAAAUCCCCUGGGUUCGGAGAGAACCGGAAGGCCAUUCUGGAGGAUCUUGCUAUCCUUACAGGAGGCGAGCUUAUUACUGAAGAGCUUGGUAUGAAUUUGGAGAAUGUGGAUGCAAACAUUCUUGGAUCUUGCAAAAAGGCCACAGCAUCCAAGGAUGACACAAUUAUUCUUGAUGGUGCCGGUGACAAGAAAGCCAUUGAGGAAAGAUGUGAACAGAUUAGGGCAGCAAUUAAAUCGAGCACUUCCGACUAUGAGAGAGAGAAAUUGCAAGAGAGAUUAGCUAAGCUUUCUGGAGGUAUUGCUGUAUUAAAGAUUGGAGGAGCAAGUGAAACUGAAGUCAGUGAGAAAAAAGAUAGAGUGACAGAUGCUCUGAAUGCCACCAAGGCGGCAGUGGAAGAAGGAAUUGUACCGGGCGGUGGAGUUGCUCUUCUCUAUGCAUCAAAAGAGUUGGAUUUGCUGCCAACAGCCAACUUUGAUCAGAAGAUUGGUGUUCAGAUCAUUCAGAAUGCUCUUAAGACACCUGUUUAUACCAUCGCUUCUAAUGCUGGAGUUGAGGGUGCCGUUGUUGUUGGCAAGCUAUUGGAGCAACAUGACCCCGAUCUUGGGUAUGAUGCAGCCAAAGGUGAAUAUGUAGAUAUGGUGAAGGCCGGAAUUAUCGACCCAUUGAAAGUAAUAAGAACUGCGUUGGUCGAUGCGGCGAGUGUCUCUUCACUGAUGACAACCACAGAAGCAGUUGUAGUUGAACUUCCCAAGGAUGAGAAGGAUAUCGGAGCAGUGGGUGGAAUGGGGGGCAUGGGUGGAAUGGGUGGCAUGGAUUAUUGAGGUCCCUGGCCGAUUGUUCUCUUGUCUGACCUGACCCCGCAAAUGAAAAUCAACGUUUUGGUUUUGGCCCUUUAUAGUUGAUCGUUUCUGGAGCCAAGUGUAAAUACAAUCAUGGUGAGAGAUCAUUCUGUUGAGUGUAGCGAUAAUUUUGGACACAAGGAAGAUAGAAUUUUCGAGGAAGGAUAAGUCGUAUUGUCUUUUUGGAUGAUUGCUUCCUGGUCCUUCAUAAUUGCCAGUAGCUUGA